AUGGCUGAAGUAACUCAAUACAUAUCAACACUGGCUUGUUUAAUACUGAUACCUCUGAUUGGGGAACUGCUAGUCCACGAGGGUACCAUCAGCCUGCCCAGUAGAUCGAUACCUCUGAUUGGGGAACUGCUAGUCCACGAGGGUACCACCAGCCUGCCCAAUAGAUCGAUACCUCUGAUUGGGGAACUGCUAAUCCACGAGGGUACCACCAGCCUGCCCAGAUCGAUACCUCUGAUUGGGGAACUGCUAGUCCACGAGGGUACCACCAGCCUGCCCAGAUCGAUACCUCUGAUUGGGGAACUGCUAGUCCACGAGGGUACCACCAGCCUGCCCAGUAGAUCGAUACCUCUGAUUGGGGAACUGCUAGUCCACGAGGGUACCACCAGCCUGCCCACUAGAUCGAUACCUCUGAUUGGGGAACUGCUAAUCCACGAGGGUACCACUAGCCUGCCCAGAUCGAUACCUCUGAUUGGGGAACUGCUAGUCCACGAGGGUACCACCAGCCUGCCCAGAUCGAUACCUCUGAUUGGGGAACUGCUAGUCCACGAGGGUACCACCAGCCUGCCCAGUAGAUCGAUACCUCUGAUUGGGAAACUGCUAGUCCACGAGGGUACCACCAUCCUGCCCAGUAGCUCAUUAGAAAAAUAA